CCCGAGAGUUUAUUCGUGAAACAAACAACACGAUGAAAUGUUUCAAACAAUGCUUGAAGUUGAACGCAAGUGAUCCUCAACUCUGGGUAGAACAUGGCUCGUUCGCGUACAACGUGUAUUCAUUUUGUUCGAGAACCUUGAAGUUUUGGAAAUAUUCGUUAUCAAAUGAUGAAAUUGAUUUUGUAAUCACUCAAAAAGGUCUCUAUGAAAAUAUUGCUGGAAAAAGUUUUGAUAAGGUGAAUAUUGAAUCGGAAAAUGGAGAUGCCAAAAAUAAUAGCAAACCUGAGGAAACAGGAAAUCAUGAAGAUGAAAAAUGGUUGUAUCACUAUAUGCUUGGUAAAAUCUCGGAAAAAAGGAAAGAACCACCUAUCUCAUAUUUAUCCCACUAUCUCAAAUCUGCUAAAUAUUUAUAUGAAUGCAAUGCUACUUAUCCUAUUAAAGUAAAUCACAGCAAUCCAUCUCAUCUUUCAAUAGAGACAUUAGAACUUUUCUACCGAACGAAUGCUGCUAUAAUAAAGUAUACGGAACAACACACAGUAAUCUGCAAGCAAACGGCUGAACUGUUUAGAAAAAUUUUGAAGGAACUGUCAGUAAGCCCUUUCGCCGUGAAUCGCGCAAAAAUCAAGGAUAUAGCCUUUCAACAGAAGCUAAAUGUGUCGGAGGAGCAACAUGAACAUAAAAUAAUUGUUGGUGCCAGUGACAUACUUACUGAAGAAGAAAAUGAAGAAGCAGCAAAGUUACAACAUGGAAUGGAUAACAUGACGGAAGCUGUAAAUCGUCAUAGUGUCUCAAAGGACCAUAAUAAUGUCAAUAUAGACACAAUUAGUACCAACAAGUUUGAGGAUAAUAAAUCAGAUUACCAGCGUAGGAGAGCCUCACACGAAAGCGGUGCCGCAACUAACACAACCACAACUACUACAAGCAACGCGACUAGCUCGGUUUCCUCUGAUUCAGAAUCGCCCAACUCAAGCAUUGAAAGUUCGACUUCGGAUUCUGAUUCCACAACGGAUGAUGAGGCAACCAUAUCUAUCGACGAAAGAGAUGCCAUUUUUGAAGAUUGCAUUAAAAAUUUAGAAGAAUGCAUUACAAGGUUUCCAGAACAUUACAAAUCAAUUUAUCGUCUCGCAUAUCAUUACAUGCAUGCGCCCGGCGCAACCAAUUCACUUGACCGGUGUCGUGAGUUGAUGUUGGGUUCAUAUAAAACUACCUUAGGAAAUGAAAUAGCUGGACUGUUUACGGAGAAAAGAAAUAACAAUUUUUUCAAUGGUAUAUGGCGAAUACCGUCAUCGGAUAUUGAUAGACCGGGAAGUUUUGCGUCACAUCUUUCAAAAAGUGUCAUUAUUCUGUUGCUUACAUUGAAACAAAUCAAUGAUCAUGAAACACUCCUUGAUUUGGCCAUUCAACUAUACCGUACACCGGAUGCCGACAAGUAAGUUUUAAAGAUAUCUAUAUCAUAGGA